GUUUCGGUUGUGCUUCUGUUUACCUCGGAGAGCAAACUGAAAUGUUGGUGCUUGUGUGUUAAUACGAGAAGUCUGCUAACUGUUUAAUAUAUUUGAAUUAGGAGAGCAUUAACUACGUUUAAGGUCUGAAAACACCUCACAUCGCUGGGCUGUGAUUACUGAGUUGGCAAUUGUUUUUACAGCUACGCUCAAUCUAGCAGAGACAUGAGUGAUGAUUCCGAAAGUUUCGAGACCCGGUCCAGCGGUGAUUUGUGGUCAGAGAUCUGCUCGGAUCUGCCGGAGCCACUGGACCACGGAGCCGCUGAUGAACUCUUCACAGAUUCAUUCCAGCCUCAAGGUCCUGUGAGCAACCAGAGCAACUUUACCUCUCCUAGUAACCUUACUUCUUCCAGUCAGUGGGAACCGAUGGCAGACUCUGCAGUCUACAUCGCCAGCUUAGAGAACCGAUUGAAGAGGAUUAAAGGUCAGUCAAAUGAGGUGACAUCAAGGGAAAUGCUGCGCUCCUUGUCCCAAGCCAAAAAGGAGUGCUGGGACAGGUUCCUCCAUGAUGCCCAGACUUCAGAGUUAUUCCAAGAAGGAGAUCUGGAUCAGAGUGCUUUGGAGCAUCUGAAGCGUUGGUUGUCUCCAGAGCGUGUAGCAAUCAGUGCAGAAGAGCUGGAGUACCUCCUCUUGCCAUCUAAGAGCAGAGAAAGAGCCUCACACCACCCAUCCAACACAGGUUAUUCAGAAGAGCUGGACGAGGAAGAAUGUUCAAGUCCCGAGAAAUAAGUCACAUCAUUCCCCAAAAGACUGUAGUCACAUGACCAGCAGAUGGUGUGUAGAUUCAUUGUGUAGUAUGUGAUGGUGAAAUCUUCAGAGAAAGACUUUGUGGGGAUUUUCAAACCAUAUUCUGUAUUUUAAAGACAAAGGGGAUUAUCUUAAGUACUCUAUAAUCUUCCACCAUACUUUUUCUCCUCUCUUUCUCUCUCUCUCUCUCUCUCUCUCUCUCUCUCUCUCUCUCUCUCUCUCUCUCUCUGCUCUGCAACACAAAUUAGUGUUUAAGAUAUUGAACAGUAUUAUGAUAUUUGUGUGUUUAGCUGCAUAAAUGAAAACCUUUAAAAGGUCUAACAUUCUGUAUAGCUCUUCCUACCGGGUUUUCAAGAAAACCAGAAAUCAAAACCGCCAUUUUUGUUUUACCUGGCUGUGUCCUUGAACGUAUCGUACAAUACACAUGAGGAUCAAUCUCUUAAUAGACAAAUUUCUUGUUUUUCUUUGAUCUUUCAUCUCCUCUAAGUUUUCUGGGGUUUUUUUUUUAAUGAUGUCACCAUGCAUGCACAAGCUUUUAAAAACAAUAUUAAACAGUAUCAGGUUAUGUUUCACCGCUACUUCCUCUACACUAGCUACCAUCAAGCACACAAUUCCACCAGUUUAAUUUCAUUAGUUUGGCUCUUCAGUGGGCAGAUGAGUUUUAAAGGAGAUCUCAGCACUCCAACACAUUAAAUAUGUUCAUAUUGAAAAUUCCUGAAGUGCUUUGUUAUUCUUGUGUUGAUUUCUUGGCUGCUGCAGCAUUUUCGUUAUUCCUGGAGAAAUUAGUGGUUGUAGGCCCUGCUGACGUCACUGGGGGACAUUGCUAGCGCAGUUACGAUAGUGUUUAAUAGCAAGGGGGGAAAUAAGCUCCAAAAAACAAAAGAGCAAAGCUUCUUUUCUGACACACCAUUUUUCAGCAACUGUGCAUGUCACGUUAACGAGAUAUCCGAAGUAGAAGUAGAGGAGACGACAACCAUUGGGCUCAGUUCCAUAUUGCAGUGCAGUUAUUCCUCACCGUUGCAUUGUGUUGACUCAUGGCGGAGAUUCGGCUAAACUAGUUAGCCAUCAAGGUGAUCACAAGUACGAUGACAACGGUAUUAGUGUGAAUGUUUAAGCUUUGGAAGCUUAUCUGUUUGAGCAGGAAGUUCAACAGCAUUGUGAGUAAUGUAGGAAAAUGUUAACCAAAGUGGAAAUAGAUCAACAUGAUGGGGGAAAAAAAGAAGUCUGAUUAAAUUCUUAAUUAUCUUGGAUGCCACGGAAGAUUAAUUGUUCAGUUAAUUAUAAAGAUUAGUAAGGAGGUGGAUUUUUUCAUUCAAGGUGUAGUUCUCCUUAAUUAGAAUGAAAGCCUGAAGACACAUUGGUCUUCGUUUUUUUGUGGGUUUUUUUUUUUUUUUAUGAUAUUGCACAUAAAUGUUAAUAUUCCCUUUGUAUGACUGUAUAUUUGCAAAAUAAUGACCAGUAGAUGUCAGUAGUUUGUUGUGAAUUUUUUUCCCUCCUAUUUCUUAUCAACUUUUUUUUUUUGUUUUUGUUGUCUGGCUUGUGUUCACUUAGUGGUGCUUGCAAAAAAAAAAAUGUUCCCAGCCUAAAAUUACUCUUAACCUACAAGAGCUACCCAUUUUUACUUCGUUUUGUCUAGUUUGCGAAGUAGGAACAAAGUUCCUUAUAACCUAAAAUUCUUCCAGAAGCAUGGAGAUCGUAGUGCUAACUUGUAUUAGCAUUAUAUCACAAAUAUGACUAAUAAAUUAAAUGACACGUGA